AUGGUCAAGUUCGCUUCCGUCGUUGCACUUGUUGCUCCCCUGGCUGCUGCCGCUCCUCAGGAGAUCCCCAACAUCGUUGGUGGCACUUCUGCCAGCGCCGGCGACUUUCCCUUCAUUGUGAGCAUCAGCCGCAACGGUGGCCCUUGGUGUGGAGGUUCUCUCCUCAACGCCAACACCGUCUUGACUGCUGCCCACUGCGUUUCCGGAUACGCUCAGAGCGGUUUCCAGAUCCGUGCUGGCAGUCUUUCUCGCACUUCUGGUGGUGUUACCUCGUCGCUUUCCUCCGUCAGAGUUCACCCUAGCUACAGCGGAAACAACAACGAUCUUGCCAUCCUCAAGCUCUCUACUUCCAUCCCCGCCAGUGGAACCAUCGGCUAUGCUAGCCUCGCUGCUUCCGGCUCUGACCCCGUCGCCGGAUCUUCUGCCACUGUUGCUGGCUGGGGCGCUACCUCUGAGGGCGGCAGCUCUACUCCCGUCAACCUCCUGAAGGUUACUGUCCCUAUUGUCUCUCGUGCUACCUGCCGACAGCAGUAUGGCACCUCCGCCAUCACCAACCAGAUGUUCUGUGCUGGUGUCUCUUCCGGCGGCAAGGACUCUUGCCAGGGUGACAGUGGCGGUCCCAUCGUCGACAGCUCCAAGACUCUCAUCGGUGCUGUCUCUUGGGGCAACGGAUGUGCUCGACCCAACUACGCUGGUGUCUAUGCCAGCGUUGGUGCUCUCCGCUCUUUCAUUGACCAAUACGCUUGA